AUAACAUAAAAUCCUCAAAACACUACAUCAAAAAAAAAAAUAAACCAUAUACAAAAUCUUUAUAACAAAAAACAUAUAAAUUAAAUUAAAAAAAAGAGCUAUGAGGACAGCUAAUCAUCUAAUAGGAACGUUAAAUUUCAUAACAUUUCUAUUAUCAAUACCAAUUCUAGGUGGUGGAAUAUGGCUAAGCACAAGAGCAAACAACACCGAUUGUUUGACUUUUCUACAAUGGCCAUUAAUCAUAAUUGGUGUCGCAAUUAUGGUGAUUUCAUUAGCGGGAUUUGCGGGGGCAUGUUAUAGGAACACAUUUCUUAUGUAUUUAUAUCUUUGGGCCAUGUUUUUUAUUAUUGCGACACUACUAGGAUUUGUUAUUUUUGCUUAUGUUGUUACGGAUAAAGGGUCGGGUCGGGAUGUUUUGAACCGGGGUUAUCAGGAUUAUUAUUUGCCUGAUUAUUCGGGUUGGUUGAAGGAUCGGGUUGCUGAUGAUGGGUAUUGGAGGAAGAUUAGCUCUUGUAUACGUGAUUCCAAUGUUUGUAGGAAAUCGGGUCGGGUUACGGGCGGGUUCCCGGAAAUCGCUGAUGCUUAUUACCAGCGCAAGUUGAGUCCUAUUGAGUCAGGGUGUUGCAAGCCGCCAACAGAAUGUGGAUUUACGUACAUGAAUGAGACAACAUGGAACGUUAUUGAUUCAGCUUCGGCUGCGAACAAUCGCGAUUGCAGCAGGUGGAGCAAUGACCAAGAACAACUGUGCUACAGUUGUAACUCGUGCAAGGCUGGAGUGUUGGCUAAUGUGAAGAAGAGUUGGAGGAAGGUCUCCAUUAUCAACAUUGUCGUUCUUAUCAUCUUAGUCAUUGCCUACGUUGUUGCUUGUGCUGCUUUUAGGAAUAAUAAGAGGAUGGACAAUGAUGAACCAUAUGGAGAGACCCGGAUGGAAAAAGCCAGGCCUAGUUGGAUACGGUUUUAGUCGCUAUGUAAAAGAAAAAUCAAAUGCUGCUUUUAUUUGAUUGUUGGUUCUGUUUUACUUUAGGUUUUUGAGGGCAUUUGCAGAGUCAGAAAUAUACAUGCAUAUAUUGUUUGCAUAUUUCGUGUUUUGUCUAAAAUUUAAGGUCCAUAUAUGGCUUAGUACUUGAACUGUAUGAGUGUAAUCAAUUCAAAUUAUGUGUAUAUUUUCUUCCGGCCCA